AUGGAGGAGGUUGCAGGGGGUGCGCUGCCAGAAGAGGCCGAGAAGGAAGAGAAGAAGAGAGAGAAGCAGCUAGAAGAGGCUGAGAAGAAAGAUAAGAAGAAGAAGAAGAGCAAGGGAAAAAAGGCUGGAGAAGCGGAGUCUUCACGUCAUCGCAAGGCAAGAAAGAACAAAGAGCACAAGGAUGAUAACGAAGAUGAAGAGGCCAAAAAGGAGAGGAAGAAGAAGGAGAAAAAAGAGAGGAAGUUGCGCCGGCGUGAAAAGAGGCACCUAAGAGAAGAGGAAAAGGCAAGGCAGAGGGCUGCGAGCCCUUUGAAGGAUGGAGAAUUAACCUCCAUAAGGGAGGAUGGGGGGAAACGACGUAACUGGUGGAACUGCCACAACCGGUAG